CGCUCUAAACCUCAAGCCAUGAAAGUUGUUGUCGUUUAGCCAUUGCUGUUCGAGAGCGUUUGUUAGCGUUGAUCAGCAAAUUAUAUCCAAUUUUAUUAUUUCACACCGCGUAAAAACGGUAUAUUUUGAUGAACCGGCUAUAGACACGAGUCUUUUUUGUGUCGUUUCGUAAACAUGGAUAAAAUAGCCCACGAUGUUGGUGACAUUCAGUCAAGGUUACUGGACCAUAGGCCAGUCCUACAAGGAGAGAUCAGGUACUUUGUACGAGAAUUUGAGGAGAAGCGGGGCUUUAGGGAGUGCCGUCUGUUAGAAAACUUGAACAAGCUGGUGAUUGAGACCAAUGAGCAAGUAUUGCCCAGAUGCACCAACAACAUGCAAGCAAAUUUACCUGAAGCUCUCAGCUGCUUGGAAGCUGUAACUCAUAGGAUGCAGAGAAUCCCGGAGAGGGAGCUAGACACACAAUAUAGCAUAGUUCUUCAGGAGGGUAUGGAGAAACACAAAGCAGACUGGGAGGACUUUGUGAAACAGCAGUCUCGGCUAAGGGAGGAGGUGGACGAGGAGCAUGCUAAAGCUGUGGGCAGACUCAGUACCCAGUACAGUGAGAUAAGAAAAGACCAUGCCAAGUUUUCCCACUUCUGAUGCCUUUCAUGGAUGUUCCUGUUUUUGGACAGUAUUUUUUUUUUAUGUUCUUCUGCCACUUGCUAUACAACGUACACAGAAAAACCUACAAAUUAGGAACCCUAAUUUGUUUUUCAGAGAAUCUUCAUGCUUGCUUUAUUUAGUCUGCAAGUACUGGAAUUCAAUAUGUGGUCAAAUUUAAGAGAAAAUGAGGGGUUUACUUAAAAAGAUUUAGUUAUUAAGAGUGUCGUGACUGUAAUUCACUGAAUUCCUUGAAGCUCUAUUGAGGUGUAUCCCUCUGUUAUCACAGCUUCCAGUCUUCUGAGGUGAUUUCCCACUAUAUUUUGGACCAAGGGCAGGGAUUUGUCCCCAUUCAUCCACAGAAGCACAAAAGGGUAUUGCAUUAAUGUCUGGAAAGAACGUCUAGAUCUAGACCUCCAGGGUGUUCAAUAGGGUUGAGAGUUCAGAGAUCUGUAUUUCUACACCUACCUUGGAAAACCAUGUCUUUAUGUAAAGACAUUCGGGACUUUUGUGUGUUUCCAACAUUGUGGCAAUAGUUCAGGGAAGACCCUCUUAUGUGUGUUAUGUCUACAUUUUAGGCCAUUUAAUGUGCAUAUUGAAUAUGUAAGAUAUAAAUACACAGAUGCGUAUCUGCAUUUUACAUCUCAAACGUCUAGAAAGAAAAGUUUGAUUAUUAUACCAGGUAUAAUUUACCAAAAUAUAAAUUUUGAACAGAAUAAGUCCUAUUGUUUUUAUAAUUUAAUAUACAUGUUUUAGUUUUUAAUUAAUUAUGAGGUGCAUUGAACACAUCUACAUUCCAGGAUUGUGUCAGAAGGUUCAUCAGCUUCAUGGGCAAAAUUUGUGUGGCCCUCCAGGCCUACAAUGAGUACUGUAUUGAGUGUUAUACCGUAAAACCUUUGGCUAAAUACUACUUUUUGUAUAAAGGGCACCAGGCAGUAUUGCUUACUUGCGGAAGAGAUGGAACCAGGAUGCACUAUGGGAAGGAGCUCUGGUCAAAGUUCUGCAGGGAAACCAUGGGUCCUCAUGUGUAGGAUGCUUUGACCCAUACCACCUACCUAAAUAUUGUUGCAGACCAAGCAUCACUUCAUGGCAAUGGUAAUUCUCAAAUGGCAGUGGCAGGAUAAUGUGCUCUGCCACACUGCAAAAACUGUUCAGGAAUAGUUUAAGGAACAUGACAGAGAGAUCAUGGUAUUGAAUUUGGCUCCAAAUUCUCCAGCUCUCAAUCUGAUCCAGAAUCAGGUGCUGGACAAGCAAAUCCAAUUCAUGGAAGCCCAACCACACAGCUUAUAGGACUGAAUGGAUCUGCUGCUAACGGGUUUGUGCCAGAUAUCACAGCACACCUUCAGAGGUUUUUUGAAUUGAUGUAUUGACAUGUCUCUCUCUGUUUUGGUGGCACAAGGGGGACCUACUCAAUAUUUGGCAUGUGGUUUUAAUGUUACAGUUGAUUAGUGUGUAAUUCUAAAACUGAAAAAAUUCUGAAACUGCUAGUGAAAAUGCUCCCAUUUUUGCAUUUAAUUUAAAUUAUUAAAUGUAAUUAUAUUGCCAGCAGUUAUGAGUUAUAAAGUUACAUUUACAUGAUUUUCAGAAUUUUUAUUAUUUGGUAUUUCUCUAAUGACAGCACAUAUGGCAUGAACUCCACUAGUUUGUAAAACCUGAUGAUUUAUGAUGUAAAAUACACUGGAGUGUCAUCUAAACUCUUUCUCUGAAUGUUUAAUGGAAUGGAUAAGGUUUAAAGAAAACUUGACCUUUUGUGCAAAGGAGUUAACAUGGUCAAUUUUUAUAUGCUCCCAUUUAAAUAUGGACCUAGAAAUAGUGUAGAACAUUGAAUAUUUAAUAUUCAAGAUAUUGGACAUUUAGUUUCUUUGCAUUUGACAAGUCUGGAUCAGUUGCAGAAGAUGAAUAGCAUGCAAAGCCAAAUCUGCUAGGAGCAAGUUGCACUAGCUCAGCCUUGAAACAACAAGGGACUGUAAGAACCUGCAUGCCUCAGUAGAUAGAAAUUGAUGAAUCCUGUAUGGGAAAAACCAGCAUGAGUGUGCCAGUUUAGUAAUGUGCAGUGAGAAGGACAGAUGAUUGCCAAUGAUUACCCAAAGGUUGUGUGCAGUGACAGAGAGAGUGUAGUGAGAUCUGAGAGUUGUCCAGGCAGAUCACAAGAUCCUGAUGUUGGGAUGCAUCUCCCGGGGACAAACAACAGCUAAUUUUUGCUUCAGGUGAUUAGCUGCAUGAGUGUCUGAAGAAGAAACAAGAGUGUCUAAAGCAGGAAAGGAGAGGAUAAGUUGAGCAUCAUCUACAUUACAGUGGUAUGAAAACUCAUGUGAGGAUAUAACGUCAACAAGAGAGUGGGUAUGGAAGAAGAACAGAAGCGGACCAAGCACUGAGCCUUGUGGGACAAAAGUGGAAAGUCUGCAUUAGGAAUUGUUGAUUUCCUCCAUGUCACCUGAUGUCUGUAUGUUGUUUAUACAGUAUAUACUGUACAAAGGUAAAGGAGUGCUACUUUGUUUACUGCUGAUGCUUUGAACAGCCACAUUGAUUUAACAACACUGGCAGAACUUGGACUUGCGGAUGAUUUUUUAUUUUUAUUUUGGGGUAUAUAUAUGUAUAAUCAUGUAUAGUUAAUCUUUAAUGUACUAAAAAAUUUAUCUUUACCACAGCCCAAAUACAUACAUGAUAGAAUAUGCACAUACUUUUGUUGUAUUAAAAA